UCCGCAUGGAGCGGGUGUAGCUUGAGGAGUGGGCAGAAACCCCUCCUGAUGCGUUAGUUCCCAGGUGGAGCUGCAUGUGAUAUAUGUUGGGUAAAGGAGGAAAACGGAAGUUUGAUGAGCAUGAAGAUGGGCUGGAAGGCAAAAUUGUGUCUCCCUCUGACGGUCCAUCUAAGGUGUCUUACACCUUACAGCGCCAGACUAUCUUCAACAUUUCCCUUAUGAAACUCUAUACCCACAGGCCCCUAACAGAGCCCAGCUUGCAAAAGACUGUUUUAAUUAACAACAUGUUGAGGCGGAUCCAAGAGGAACUCAAACAGGAAGGCAGCCUGAGGCCCGUGUUUGCUCCUUCUUCUCAGCCGAGUGACACACUGAGUGACAGCUACCGAGAAGCCCCACCUGCCUUUAGCCACCCCGCAUCCCUGCCCAACCACCCCUGCGACCUCGGAAGCACUACGCCCCUGGAGGCCUGCCUCACCCCAGCCUCACUGCUCGAGGAUGACGAUGACGCUUUUUGCACUGCCCAGGCCACACCGCCUGUGGUGCCCACCAAACUCUCACCUCCAGCUCUCCCGCCGGAAAAGGACAGUUUCUCCUCGGCCUUGGAUGAGAUCGAGGAACUCUGUCCCACAUCUACCUCCACAGAGGCUGUGGCAGCCACGACUGACAGCUCGAAAGGGAGCUCCAGUGAGCCCAGCGCUCUAAAACCUGAGGGGCUCCCAGAGGGCCGGACAGAUGACUCGAAGCUGAUGGACUCUCUGCCUGGUAAUUUUGAAAUAACCACGUCCACGGGUUUUCUGACAGACUUGACCCUGGAUGACAUCCUGUUUGCUGACAUUGACACGUCAAUGUAUGACUUUGACCCCUGUACGUCCACAUCGGGGACAGCCUCAAAAAUGGCCCCUGUGUCAGCCGACGACCUCCUCAAGACUCUAGCCCCUUACAGCAGUCAGCCCGUUGCCCCAAGUCAGCCUUUCAAAAUGGACCUCACAGAACUGGACCACAUCAUGGAGGUGCUUGUGGGGUCCUAAGACUGAGGGGCCUGGUGACAUCUGUGCCCACCCAGACCCUACAAGUGUUCUCA